CCCCCCCCCCCCUUCACGCCACGGGCAAAAAGUUGAAGCCGCUGCGAGUUCGCUGAAUCUCCACAGAAGGUCGAGCUGUUUGGAUUAUUCUGAGGGAGAAGCAAUAACAUUUUCUGCACGGACUUAGAGAAAUACAGCACGGAGGAACAGUUAAAAAGUUUUGCCUUCAAUAUUUGUCAAUGUAGUGAGUUUAUUAAAGAGUCGGCGUACAUAGACGGGGUGAGCCCGAGCUGUCAAACCCGAUGACUACUGCAAACUGCUCCGGGAAUGAAGAGCUGGACUUCAGACUGAUCUUCGGGGAGGACGGGCAGCAGCCGCCGUUAGGCCCCGCAGAUCUAGAAACGGAUGAUAACACCUCAUUUUACAUCCUCAAUGUUGGCCAACCUCCUUUACUGGUGAACCAAUCACACGGUCUCCAGCGGCAUGGAUGCCCGCCCCCAGCCCAACUCAUUGCCACCUCCCCCUCCCUGCAGGCCCACCAAAAGACCUAUGAGCAAAGCUAUGAGCAUCAGGACUCUAAAUACACGUCCACAGGGAUGGGUGGAGGAGGGAACGGCCCACCAAAGGCCUUUGAAUGUCCCAGCAUCCAGAUCACCUCCAUUUCCCCAAGCUGCCAGCAGGAGAUGGAGGCCAGCGACGAUGAGAUGAGAGCAAAGGGUCCGGAUGGAGACUACCACGACAGACCUCUGUCUCGAGACCACCUAUACCUGCCUCUAGAUCAUUCGUAUCGAGAUUCGUCCCUGAGCCCGAGUCCAUGUAGCAGCCUUUCCUCACGAAGCUGGUUCUCAGACGCAUCGUCCUGCGAAUCCAUCUCACAUGUGUACGAUGAUGUGGAUUCGGAACUAAAUGAAGCAGCGGCGCGUUUUACCCUGGGCUCACCGCUCACUUCGCCUGGCUGCUCUCCGCAGGCUGGACCACAGGACGAAGUAUGGCAACAGCAGCAGCAGCAUCAUCAUCAUCACCAGGCCUUCACUCACUCCCUUUCUCAUUCACACGGCCAUUCUCUCUCGCCCCGCCAGUCGCCCUGUCAUUCGCCCCGUAACAGCGUCACAGAUGAGAACUGGCUGAGCCCACGUUCACCUUCACGGCCCUCUUCGCGCCCGACAUCGCCCUGUGGGAAGAGACGCCACUCCAGCGCUGAUAUAUGCUGCCUGGGCUCUUUAUCACCCCAUCACUCCCCGACUGCCACUCCCGGCCCCUCUCCCAGGGGCAGCGUGACUGAAGACACCUGGAUAGGAAGCCCAUCCAUGGGUAUGUCCCCUUUCCAAUGUUGUCCCUCUGAGGCUGACAUCCCCUCCAAGACCAGGAAGACCUCCCAGGACUGUACAGCAGCAAUCCAGCCAGGGAAGGGCGACGUGGGCAUGGAUGAUUCUGGGAAUGUAUCUCCUUUGCUUGACUCACCUGGUGAGGAUGCCAUGCACGGAUUAAAGAAGGAUGGAUCUGGAGAGCAGUUUCUUGCUGUCCCAUCUCACUUCACAUGGAACAAACCCAAACCAGGACACACACCUAUUUUCAGGGUAUCAUCCCUGCCUCCCCUGGACUGGCCGUUGCCAAAUCAGUAUGGGCAGUAUGAACUAAAGAUUGAGGUUCACCCCAAAGCUCAUCACAGAGCUCAUUAUGAGACCGAAGGCAGCCGAGGGGCUGUCAAAGCCGCGUCUGGGGGACACCCUAUCGUCAAGCUCGUUGGCUUCAGUGAGAAGCCAGUGAACCUGCAGAUGUUCAUCGGGACAGCGGAUGACCGUUAUUUGAGGCCGCACGCAUUCUACCAGGUUCACCGCAUCACAGGAAAAACUGUUGCCACGGCAAGCCAGGAAAUUGUCAUCACCAGCACAAAGGUUCUCGAGAUUCCUCUCCUUCCUGAAAACAAUAUGUCUGCCAGUAUUGACUGUGCUGGAAUCUUGAAGUUGAGGAACUCUGACAUCGAGCUGAGAAAAGGAGAGACUGAUAUUGGACGAAAAAACACUCGGGUCCGCGUGGUGUUCCGGGUUCACAUCCCACAACCUAAUGGAAAAGUGGUCUCACUGCAGGCUGCUUCAAUUCCAGUGGAGUGCUCCCAACGCUCAGCACAGGAGUUACCACAGGUGGAGAAGGCCAGUAUUAGCAGCUUCCCAGUGAGUGGAGGAGAGGAAAUGGUUAUCACUGGCUCCAACUUCUUCCCUGAGUCAAAGGUCAUUUUUCUGGAGAAAGGUCCAGAUGGAAGACCGCAGUGGGAGGUGGAGGCGAAGAUCAUCAGAGAAAAGAGUCAAGGAUCAAGCAUUGUGGUGGAGGUGCCUCCUUAUCACAGUAAGACGGUCACUUCAGCUGUGCAGGUGCAGUUCUACAUGUGCAAUGGCAAACGGAAAAGGAGUCAGUCACACCGCUUUACCUAUCUGCCAGUCCUGGUCAAGCAGGAACAUAGGGAUGAUCUGGACUCCCCUGCCGUGCCGCCCAUGUCUAUGCCUCUAGUCCAUGCUGCCAGUUUGGUCUGCGCUCAGCCGCUGUCCUCCCCAGAGCACUCCCACCCACCAGACGGCCUUCUGUCUAGCUCCCCACGUGGCCUGGCUGCAGGCCUGCACCCACUCCAGGCCCCCUGUGCCCCAAUGGGCUCCCCAACUCUUCCCCACCUGCCCCAUCUUCAGGCUCAAGGACUGAAUGCGCCUCCCGAAUGCCAGAUGCCCUUCCACCCAGGCCCUUCUGCCACUGCCAGGCCAUCUUACCCACCCAUACAGCACAACAUGCCCUUCAACAGCCAGCACAGUCUUCCUAUGACUGCGGGCUCCGCACAGGCCUACGAGAGGUUGCCCUUCCAGGCCGAUCCAUCCGGGUGUCACACCCUGGGUUUGGGGAUGGUGUAUGGCCCGGCUUCUUCAAUACCCACCUCUGGAGUGCCGCCGGGGUCUUGCCCCAGCCUCAGCCAUGCAGCCUGUACAGGUAGCAACCAGGUCAUGGCCCACUCUGCCCCUCACCUUCACUCUCUAGGCUAUCACUGCCCCACUCCAGGGCAGGUCCCAUCACCCACCCACACGCUGGGACAGCAGGUCCCACAGCUGCAGCAUCCACUGGUUUACCAUCCAGCCGGGCAGCGUUCUGCCUCCUGCCCCACACCCUCAAGUGCUCCCUCUCGAAUGGUGCCAUCUCCCCACUCUGGGCCCUCGUCCCCCCAGAUCCAUUCCCUCCCCUACCAUUCCCCUACCUCCCCGUCUCCUACAUCCAGCAGCCCUUUGGGGCCCAUGGCGCUCUCUGGACAGCCUUCCCCACAGGCUAGCAGCCCUGUUUUGGCUGGGUUGUCCCCUUCAGGUCCUUUGGUGCACCCCCUGACCCAACAGGAAGAGAGACUGAACAUCAAACAGGAGCCAGAAGAUAGAGAGCCCACUUUCCGUACCAUUGGCUUGCAGGACAUUACGCUUGACGAUGUGAAUGAGAUCAUAGGCAGAGACAUGUCUCAGGCCCCAGGGGCUCAUGGGGGCUCUCCAUCUGCACACAGUCAGUCCUAGCCCACAACACACCACGUCAGACUCGACACAGAGACUCUUCACAGGACUCCAGAGCUGGCCGGCGAGAUUCCACCCAGAGUUUUAACCCAAUAGGCUAAAAACCACCUUCCCCAGCGUGGAUCCAGAAGCAAUUUAAACAACUGUUAUUACUUACUCUUGAUUCAUGAACACAGCUAUACACUGUAUGCAAAAUCAGGUGUACUUUACACAUGUGCAGACAUGGUUGAGUGGGAGUAAACUUGGAUUCAUUCUCUUGGAAAUAAAACCAAUAAUUCAGGGCUCUCUGACAGCAUGAUGUAUUAUUAUUUGCGGCUUGCAGAUUCACCCCUCAGAUUGGCUAGCUAUGCAGUCGAGCACCCUCGUCCCUGACCGGAAUAUGCAGCAAUUCUACAGUCACCUUAGUGGGAUAGCCGAGGGCUGCUCGAGAACCGUGAUAGAUGCCCACGUUUCGCCGCCUUACCAGCUGAAACGCCGCCUUUUUCAGUACACAUUCUCCCAGUGCUGCCCUCUAGUGGACGGGCCCUCAGGCGCUGCACUGAGUCUGUAGUAAUAAUAUGCAACAUUCCACAUGUCUUGUGACCUUUCUGAGCUGUGUAGAUAAUGUUUAAUGAUUGGCCCAUUUCCUCUUCAGGUUGAACAAAUGCCUUAUAUAGUAGCUGUGAUCGUUAACAGGUUUUCUGCUGAGAAUUUAUAUUAGUUUUUUCUUCUUUCUUUUUUUGAAUGAGGACAUGGUUAAAUCCAGUGUGUGUAUUUUAUACUUAGAAGUAGCUGAGCUUCAUCUUGUGUUCUGGAGUGCUGUGAAUUGUGUUAGUCCAAUCUUACUUUCACAGUGCUGUGCUUUAAAAGUCAAAGGAAUUGUUCUUAGGCUCUAAAGAUAACACGUUUUGUACAGUUGAUGGGAAGAUGAACUCAUGACCUUAGACCAAAAGGUCUGAAGAGAAUUAAGUCCACAUAUAUAUAUAUAUAUAUAU